AUGGAAGAUACUCAGAGUCGACCAAGCGGGAUUCCGCGGCCCUCGCGGCUGCCAGUGCCACGCACACAGUCAAACAUCCCCAAACCGACAUCCACGAUACCCCGCCCGAAUUUGACGAUACGUGCCUCCAGAUCAAGAGAUAAUCUUGCUGUCAAAGCCCCCGUGGCAUCAGAACCAAGAGGGCCCUCCCUGAGAACAUCGGUGUCCAGGGACCAGCUUCGCUCCAGCAUUGGACCUGGCAGUCGACCUCUAGGAUUGAGAAAUUCAGUCUCACGCGAGCAAUUGUCUGUCCAUAGCACGAAUCGGCAUUCGAUGUUGGGCAAGCCUAAGAUUUCCUCUUCGCGCCGAACGAGCGCCGCCAGUGAGGCGAUAUCGCCAACAUAUCCCGUUCAAAGCCAGCGGGACUCCCAUACCUCCGGGGUUGAUACCCCAUCUAUCCCAGAGCCCUCGGCCAAGUCUGACCAAAUAUCUCCUUCCCAAAUCGAUGGUUCACUCUCCUGUGAUCCAUUGUCCUCAGAAUCUCCUGUCGAAGCUGCAGAUCUAUUGAGCUCCCCCAAACCCCGCAGGACCGGGCCUCGCCCAUCGCUUUCCGAAAGGACUAUCGAAACAUUAGCCAACAUUCAGUCUUCACCAGCAGUCAGUAAACAUCGAGCCCCAUCCUUCUUUGAUUCAGGCAAACAAAGAUCGCGGACCGGGAGUGGAGCUUCAAGACCGGGCUCAAGCUAUAACUCGGAUGGUUCUGCAAGAUCCUCCUCUAGGGCAGGCAGUCGCGCCGGUAGUAGAGCAGGUAGUCGGCCUGGAUCCAGGGCGGGAUUUGAAGAACCUACACCGUCAAGGUUUAGAGCCUCUCUUAACACGAUGAGGCCCCCGCUAUCUACUAUUGAUGGCACACCCUCCUCCAGCCCCUCGAUCACCAUUCCCGGGAAACCUCCAAUGCUUAGAAAAGCUUCUUCGCGGCAGUCGCUUUCCGGUACCGCUCGGCCUUCGCAUGUAGAGCCCGUUGCAACGCCCACUAAACGCGGGCCAGCUCAGGGGUUGAAAUCAUAUGGUAGCCUGACGCCAGGUGGUGCAUCCAAGACAGUGAGCGGGCGAUUAUCCAAACCGAAAACUCCUGCCAAGAGUCUUUUCAAGAAGCCUUCCUUACCAACGAUGAACUCAGGGACAGCCUCCAAGGGUCCGUCUCUGGGAGGAAACUGGGAUGGCUCAAUAGCCCCGCCAGUUCCUGCCACAUCGGCAGAAACGGAAAUCCCUGCUCAUCGUAAAUCGUCUGCCGCGCUCCGCGAUCAAAUUGCCAAGGCAAAGGCCGCUAAGAGAGCGGCAUUGAAGCAAGCACCAGCCUCUGCUAGCGGAACCGAAACAGCCGCACCAGUGGCUAUCCCAGAGGACGAUCAGCCUGACUUCGAGUUGAUGCACGGUGACCCUUUUGGUCUGAACAAAGGCGAAGAGCCGCAGAAAAAGGUUCUUGCUCAAAGAGUUGGCGUUGGAAGAACAAGCGGAAGAUUGAAUAUUGCUGCCCUCGGCUUGAAGGAAUUUCCCGCUGAGGUGAUGAAGAUGUAUGAUCUAGACAACAUUGGCCCCGGCAAUGGGAGCUGGGCCGAGAGUGUCGACUUGACGAGAGUUGUGGCGGCCGACAAUGACUUUGAGACACUGGAUGAUCUGAUCUUUCCAGACGUAGACCCGAACAAUUUCGAUGAUGAACAAGAAAGUCAAGGUAACAUCUUUGCUGGCUUGGAAACACUUGAUCUGCAUGGCAAUCGCUUGACGAGCCUACCUAUCGGUCUCCGACGUCUUGGUUGCUUAGCCUCUCUGAAUCUUUUAGAAAAGCUCCCGUUGACUGAGCUUGUCCUGAAAAAGAAUAACUUGAAGGGGACUCUGAUUGCAGAUGGAACGAUUGGCUUUAAGCAGCUUCAAACACUGGAUAUCGCCUGUAACCAACUCACACACCUCGUGCCUACAGGAUCGGCUCUUCAGUUCCCUGUUCUACACACUCUUACUCUUUCGAUGAAUCGUAUCCAGGAGCUUCCCGACAUGGUUUCAUGGCCUAGCCUGUUGGCGCUCACGGCCGAUGAAAAUAACAUUGCAGCGAUUCCUGAGAGCUUUUUUGGUCUCGAGAAGCUUCGGCAAGCUGAUUUCUCCAGCAAUGACAUCCGCGUUGUCCCUCCCGAGCUUGCGCGAAUGGACAAUUUGGCCAUGAUCAGACUCAGUGGCAACCCUCUCCGUGAUAAGAAGUUUGUUUCUAUGCCAACAGAAGAGCUUAAAGAGGCGCUUGCAGCCCGGCUAGAGCCACCGCCACCUUAUCACGAGGCGGAGACUGCACAGCCCACAAUCUUGAACGUCCUCGCGGAUGCCAAAAAUAAUGUCAUUGACCCCCUUGCCAGUCAAGGAGUACCUGACUCUACUAUCCUUAAGGAGGAUGUAGAAUCGGACUGGGAAGAAGACUUUGCGACACCUCCUACAUCUGCACCACACUCGCCAAAUCGCUCUCGGUCCCAAACUGUCUCCAGUAUGAGGUCUCGAGCUCACACGCAGUCGAACGAGGUUUGGCCAGUGAAGCAGGGUGGGCUCCUUGACCGAUCUCACACUGAAUCAUCAACCUUGCAACCAGCGAUUUGCGUAAGAAUCGCGGCACAGAACCAAAUCAGACAAGUACACAUUCAUCACAACAUUUUUGCCAUCAUCCCCCUCUCGCUAAACUCGUUUGCUUCGACGCUCAAUUCUCUAUCCCUGGCUAGCAACCAGCUAAUGGGGGAUGCAUAUCUUGAUGAGCAUUUGGGGUUGCCAGUUCUGAAAGAGCUCAAUCUAUCCUCCAAUCGCAUCGUCGGUUUUGACUCUCUCGUAAAACAUCUUGAGGCGCCCAUGCUCGAAAAACUUGAUGUGUCUCUGAACCGUAUUUCCGCUCUCCCGCCACUGAAGGGCUCGUUCCCUAGCCUGUCAGUUCUCCUUGCGUCAACCAAUCAACUCACGGAGCUGGAACCAGCCUCUGUCCAAGGCCUCAAGAUUGUUGACGUGUCAAGCAACAACAUUGCCCGUCUGGAUCCCCGAAUUGGACUUCUUGGAGGCCCAGGGGGCUUGGAAAGGCUUGAGGUAGCAGGUAAUCGCUUCAAGAUUCCUAGAUGGGAUAUUCUGGAACGUGGAACCGCUGCAACAUUACAAUGGCUCCGCGGGCGAGUGUCUGCGGCAGAGCUUGCUGAAUGGAGAAACGUGAAUGGAGAGGAUGAGUUUGAUGAUAUCAACUAA